ACCACUGGGGUUGCAGAAGUAAGCCCUUGAGGUGUGGCUUCCUGGUAUAAAAAGCCACAAAAUUGCAGCUGCGUUGCUCCAGCCUGUAGUUUUCCACAUCAGAAAGUAGUAGUACUGAGUUCUGAAAAGAAACUUGAAUCAUCAUGGCUUUUGUACAAGAAUUUCUGAAGCAGGCCUUCUUUAUUGACAACGACGAGCCACAAUGUGUUAAGAAUUCAAAAACUGGCUCAGCGGUCCAUGCUUAUCCUAGCUUCAAUCCUUCGGCAGAUGCUGCUGCCCUGGACAAAGCCAUCACUGCUAAAGGAGUUGAUGAAGCAACCAUCAUCGAUAUUUUGACCAAAAGAAACAAUAACCAACGCCAGCAGAUCAAAGCUGCCUACCAGCAAUUAAAGGGGAAGCCCCUGGAAGAAGCUUUGAAGAAAGCACUCAAGAGCCAGCUGGAAGAUGUCGUCUUGGCUCUGCUGAAGACUCCAGCCCAGUUUGAUGCUGAAGAACUCCGGUAUUCCAUGAAGGGGCUUGGAACUGAUGAAGAUCUCUUAAUUGAGAUUCUGACAUCAAGGAACAACAGAGAAAUCAGAGAAGCCAGCAAAGCGUAUCAAGAAAGUAAUUUACUGUUAUUUCUUUUAAAUAUUGUAAAAUGCUGUUGCAAAAGAGAAAACAAGAAGGCUCUGUUUUGUUUGUUAAUGUACCUUAAGCCAGGAAAAUUGAAAUGUGCCACGAGCAAGCCAGCUUUCUUUGCUGAGAAGCUCCACCUGGCCAUGAAGGGUUCUGGAACACGUCAUAGAACUCUGAACAGGAUCAUGGUGUCACGCUCGGAGGUCGACAUGAAUGAGAUCAAAGGUUUUUACAGGCAACUCUACGGCAAAUCCCUCUGCCAGGCUAUCUUGGAUGAAACAAAAGGAGAUUAUGAAACCAUCCUAGUGGCUUUGUCUGGCGGUGACAACUGAGCUUCCUAUUCUUUGGAAACCUUCCAGCCACUCCUUGAAGAACAAGUCAUUUUUGGCUCAAACAAUUCCAGGCAUAUUCAUAUAUGUAUAGUGAAGCAUAAUCUAUGAUUUAGACUAUUGUCCAGUCUUCAUAUCUUGGAACAACUGUAGACUGGAAAAUACUGCUUUGGUUAACUAUUUGUGUGGCAUUAUCUCCUUUUUUUAUACUAUUGGAACCAAAGAGCAUACGAGAUGCAAGUGUAAUGGCUUUAACAGGGCUGGUCACCGUAAAAGGUACAAGGCUUGUCUAAGUAAUAUUCCAUAUAAAAUACAUUUGUGAA